AAAACUAAAUUAUUAAAAAAACUAAAUCUUACAACGCAAAUUAUUCUGUUGUGCAUUUAGUGGCUUUGCAGUACUUUAAUUUCAUUUCUAAUUCUUUCUAGCAACCGCGCAAAAGUAGUCAAAAAGUUUAAUUUUAGUUGAUAGCCAUGAAUGAACACAGUAAACAUUCAGCUGAGAUAAAAAGCGAGAAGCAAGAUGAGCGUCAGCAAAAUGCGAACUCUAAUGGGAGCGGAACGCAAGAAACAACUCGACAGGAUAGUAUCGAACGGAUACUGCAACGCAAGCAACGGGUGUAUCAGUUGCCGCGUAAUCAAAAACUGACAAAAUUGUCGAUGUAUUCGGCAUGCCAAGGAACGGACUGUCGAUGUACUGGCUGGAAGACACCAGAGGAAAAUCGUCAUAAGGACGUAGAGGUUGAUUAUUGCCCUAGCUUUAAAGAAGAGUGUCGGAAUCCCAAUUGUAAGCAUACACUGGAUAUGCAUAUUACACAUUUAGGAGAUAUAAGCGAUGAUCAGAUUAACGAGCUGCUUGGUGCCAUUGUGGACGUAGAAAAUCUUUAUAUGAGUAUGUUGCGGGAAACUGAUACGGAUACGAAAAAGGUUUACGCUUACUUAUUUCGACUAUUGAGGCAAUGCAUUCUAACAAGAGCACAAGCAGUUAUUAGAGGUCCGCUGGGCGAUCCUCCGUUCGAACAUCCCUCUAUUUCAAAAGCAGUUGCGAAUUUUGUACAUCAUAAAUAUAGCCAUUUGAACCAAGGAGAAGCGGAAACAAUGACUGAGGUUGCAAAGACUUUUUUGCAUUGCUUAAAUCAUUGGAAUUUCGAGGCACCAAGUGCUCGAAAAGAUUUAAGCCACGAGGAUGCUUCGAACUACAAAAUCAAUUACACUCGUUGGUUAGUGUUUUGUCACGUUCCAGCAUUUUGUAGUUCCUUGCGGCAUUUUGAAACUUCGAUCGUGUUCGGACGUACUUUACUUAAAGCAGUUUAUCAGUAUGUCUAUCAACAGCUGUUGACUAAGUGUAAAACUGAAAGAGACAGGAUGCCCCCGGAGAAACGUAGCAUGCUGGCUCAAUUGCCGAAGUUUUUGGAGGCUUUGAAACAUGAAGUUGUCAGUGAAGAAUCCCAGAUAUGGGAUCCAAACUUUAAACCAACGGCAUCAUUAAUGCUACAGAAAAGUAAACGUCAGCAUGAAGCAGCCAUUUCGAGCAGCAACAAGAAAGCAAAUGAUCUGAAGCGAUAUAAACGGGACUCAGACUGUGAAGAUUUACCAGAUGAAGUAGUAGUGCGAGCAUUGAAGCGAAUAAAUGACUCCAACUACACAAGCCGUGCCGAAGUAGUAUUUCCGCCUAAUGCUCCACGUGAUGAGGCUGCGAAAGCGGAAGAAAAUCGUCGUGAAAUUGAAUUUCAUGUAGUUGGUAAUUCGUUAACCAAACCAGUUACCAAGGAGUCAAUGCUUUGGCUGUUGGGUUUACAUAGUGUGUUCGCUCAUCAAUUACCUGGUAUGCCUCGGGAGUACAUCAGUCAGCUGGUUUUUGAUCCUAAACACAAGACUUUGGCACUUAUAAAAGAUGGUCGACCGAUAGGAGGCAUUUGUUUCCGUACGUUUGCUUCACAAGGAUUUACUGAAAUAGUUUUCUGUGCGGUCACUAGUAGCGAGCAGGUGAAAGGUUAUGGGACACAUCUGAUGAAUCAUUUAAAGGAUUACAGUACUCAGAGAGGAAUCAAACAUUUUCUCACCUAUGCUGAUGAGUUUGCUAUAGGGUAUUUCAAAAAGCAAGGAUUUUCCAAAGACAUAAAGGUGGCUAGACAUGUGUAUGCAGGGUAUAUAAAAGAGUAUGAGGGAGCCACGUUGAUGCACUGUGAGCUGCAUCCUAGCCUCAUUUACACCCAGUUCAGUUCGGUAAUACGCAAGCAAAAGGAAAUUGUAAAAGAGUUGAUAGCUCAACGUCAACAGGAAGUUCAGAAAGUACAUCCUGGUCUAACCUGCUUUAAAGAAGGGUUACGAAGUAUUCCCAUUGAAUCAAUUCCUGGAUUACGCGAAGUUGGAUGGAGACCUCAAUUCCGAGCUCAGCGUACAUCCAGACCACUCGAGGAAUCAGCUGAUCCUGAUAAACUGGCAAACGCCCUCAACGGUGUAUUGCAAUCAGUGCGGCAGCACUCGGCAGCUUGGCCUUUCUUGAAACCGGUCAAUCCAGUUGAAGUUCCGGAUUAUUAUGAUCACAUUAAAUAUCCGAUGGAUCUGAAAACGAUGGGGGAGCGAUUAAAGAACAAGUAUUACGUUGCACGAAGACUGUUCAUGGCAGAUAUGGCGCGUAUUUUUACAAAUUGUCGAUUAUACAACUCACCAGAGACUGAAUAUUAUCGUUGUGCCAAUACACUUGAACGAUAUUUUCAAACCAAGAUGAAGGAAAUUGGUUUGUGGGAUAAAUGAUGUUCGCCUAUGCGAUUGGAGUUGAUGAAAGAUUCUGAUGACGAAGACGACGACGCUGACGAAAAAAUACACCAAAACACAAUUGAAAUUAUGCCUAAGCCAGGUUACGGCAUGAAGACCAAAGCUGUUCCUUCGUUUUCACGCGAAUCGAUUGUGGAACAGAGUGUUGAGCAAAGAAGAAUUGGUCUAGUAACAGAACUGGAACUAACUGAUUAACUGGCAUAAAUUGCGUUAAUGUCAAUGUAUAGCGAAAGGUUUAAUUAUAAAUAUGCUCAAAUAUAUUCAAUAAUGCUCUGGUACUUUCUAUGCAAUAUGAAUAAAAUAAUCUGUUGUACAUAUUUUGUCAAAAUGUAGUUAUAUUUCUGCUAAGAGACGUAUACAAUAGCAGAGCCUGUCGAAUA